UUUAUCGAGUCACGCCCCGUCACGCCCCCCUUUGCCUGAAUAAUGAUGACGCGUCUGGUAUCAAACACUUGAUAUCAACGGUUGUACUUCACGGCACCGCCACAUACAGUUGGAAGCUGAAGUAGGUCACUACCAAUCGACUCGGAUUACUUUACCCUGCAUUUACUGCACGCUUGAGGACUCAAGCCUCAUCAUGGCCGAAAUGGUUUCUCUGAUGAGUCUGGAGGAUGAGCUGACAUGCAGCAUCUGUCUGAGCACCUUUGACUGUCCGGUGACCACCCCCUGCGGACACAACUUCUGCCAGGACUGUCUGCUCGCUACCUGGAAGGAAACGUACAGCUGUCCUCAGUGUCGGACCCACUUCGCCACCAAACCGGAGCUGAAGAAAAACACGGUCCUGAGCACCGUCGUGGAGACUUUCAACCUAAGGUUGAACAAGAACGAGGAAAGCCUGAUUAAAGAGGAGAAAAAACCCGAGGAGAAGACGGUCAUUCGGUGUGAUACAUGUAUGGAAGCAGAGGCGUCCCAGACGUGCCUCACCUGCAUGGCCUCUUUCUGCGAGGAGCACCUGCGUCCUCACCGGGAAAACCCAAUUUUCCGUCUCCACCAGCUGAGCGAACCUGUCGGUGACCUGUCGGAGCGCAUCUGCCCGGACCACCACAAGCUGAUGGAGCUUUUCUGCAGCCAGCAUGGCCGUCCAAUCUGCAGCCUUUGCCUCCAACAUGUGCACAAAGGCUGCUCCUUCACCUCCCCUGAGGAGCAGAGGAACCUGAAAGAGUCUGACCUGAGGGACAAGUUGGGUUUGCUGGAUGAGAAGAUUGUGAAGAAUGAGACUGUUAUAAAUCAAAUGAGGGACAUGCAGAACAAGUUGAAGGACUCAGCGACCAACAGGAAGAAAGCUGUGACAGCUGACUAUCAGCAGAUGCGGGACAUGUUGACCCGAGAGGAGCGCGAUAGUCUGAUUGCAGUCGAUCGAGAGAUGGAGAGUGGUCAGACCAAACUCAGGACUCUCAUGAAGAAGUUCACUGAGAACAUUGACAACAUGAGCAAAGCUAAAGAAGAUAUCCACAGUCUUCUAAGUCAGUCCCAAACACUGGCCUUCCUACAGGCAUCAUUUACCCUGCCCCCAGCCAUAAACUUUGACCCUUACACCCCACGAAUCAACCUGGACUCCAAGAAGGUGAUGGCGACACAGGCCUCUGGUGCUGCUCUGAAGGAUUAUCUGACAGAGAUCUUUAAACAGCCUGUUGAGGCCAGAGUGCAAAUAAUUAAACCAGGUGAAUAUUCAGGAAUUAACAUUGAUACUGUUGCAUCUGGUGAAAGAGCAGCCUCAGCAUUUACACCUUGGAACCCUGGACGUCACCAGGAACCUGUUCCUGUUUCAGAGUUUCAGUGCCCUCCAGGGAUUCCUGGAUUUCCCAUGUCCCACACUCCAGGUCCAGGUUCCCAACCAAAAGCAGGCCCAAAGAAGAAAGCUCCAACUUCCUACUUACACCAAUGGGAGAUGAACUCACUCUUCCAAAAACAAACCAAAAAACCUCCACAAUCUGCUGAAGACGUCAUGAAAAAAAAACUAGCCCAGUCAAUGGAAAACCUGCUGGAUUUUGGUGUGAAAGACAAAUUCAGAAGCCGUCCUCAUGCAGGUGAACCCAAUCAGACACCAGAAACUACAGACAUUCCUCCAAACAUUUUAUCUGCUGAAAAAAGAACCGAGCUUCUGAAAUAUGGCACGGUGCUCACCUUGGAUCCAAGGACAGCCCACAAACGCAUCAUACUGAGUGAGGACUUCACGAAGGCCUCUGUAUCAGAUGAGCACGCAAACUACCCCAACUGCCCUGAACGCUUUGCUGUCUGCUCCCAGGUGCUCACCUCCAAGGGUUUCUCUCGAGGGCGCCACUACUGGGAAGUCCGUAUGAGCAGCAACAACUUCAUUGGCAUAGGUUUAGCUUAUGGUAGCAUUGACCGCAAAGGGCCCACCAGUCGGCUGGGCCGUAACGCCCAGUCCUGGUGUGUUGAGUGGUUCAACGUCAAGCUGUCAGCUUGGCAUAACAGCAGCGAGACCGUGCUGCUCAAUCCCAGUCCAAAGCGUGUAGGCGUGCUGUUGGAUUGUGAGGGGGGCAUGGCUACGUUCUAUAACGUGGCAGACAGGGCGUAUCCCCUCCACUCCUUUGUGUUCCCCUUUGCUGAAGCUGUGUAUCCAGCUUUCUGGAUUUUCUCAAGUGGCUCAUCCAUUUCUUUGUGCAAGCUGCAGGCAUGAGGAGCAUAUGCACAUAUAAUUGCAUAUGCACGCACACACACACACACACACACACACACACACACACACACACACACACAAACAAACAAACCAAGAAAAUGAAGGAAUAUAAGUUAGUGGUUAUUCUGAAAAGACACAUACAGCUUGGAGUGUCACAGCUGAAAUGGAUGUCAAGAGUUAACAGAGCCAAUGUCAUUAGCUAUUGCCUCUACCUAUGCUGGCUUUGAUUUACACCGGCAGAAUUUGUGGUUAUGAGACCACAAAAAUAAAGCUGGCAGAGCGUCUGUCUCUGGUAAAAUAACUUGCAUAAACUGCAUCCUAAGCGGCUGUGAUGCACUUACAGUUAUAACAGAACACGCAUAGCUCACUGUACACUUACUGUACAGCCUGUUUAUGCCAGUGUGUGUCCUGCAUUAACUGUGCAGACUAUUAUACACUGUAGAACGGUAAUGGAUGUGAAUGUUAUCACACACAUCAGUACGGUGUUUUGAUAUAAAGGCUGCAUGUGAAAAAUUCCUGAUUGUUAACUGUUGUUAUGGAGUUAGUGUGGCUAUCAAAGUUAUAGGGCUGGGCCAUACAGCAAAUAAUUUGUCACAGUAACUCUUGAUAUCGUGUCAUGGUAUGAGUCAUUUCUGGUGACCUUAAAGAUUCAGAUUGUGAAAAUGACUAAUGGACAGCAAACAAAAAAAAAAAAGCUUAAAUCUUGUCAGUAUAAAUUCUUAUAAAUCCUGCAUGUAAAGUCCUUUUUGCUGUGGAGCUGCUGACACUCAAAAGUUUCCUCUGAAAGAGCGCUCAUGUUUUCCAUCUAUCAUACUUUAUCUAUCCCUGUUUGUGCAUUUGUCCUUUCCUAAAGGAUUGCCACAUGAUUGGAUAGAAAAUCCGCUGUUUCUGUGAUGCUAUCUAAUGUACACAAGCAGUGUUCCCCCCAGACAACGCAUUGAAGUGUCUCAUUUUCAUAUAAUUUUAUCACCAAAUCAUUAUAUCAUAUCAAUCAGUGAAUAUAUUAUUUGUUUCACCCAGCCCUAUAUUCCUACUUCCUGAACUGUUUGACUGGUUUGGCUGAUGAGAGAACAGACGUCACAUAGACUCUGUUUGUAUCAAGUUCACAGUCUCUUAUUUUUUCCUUUUAUACUGUAAUGGCAUUUUGUCUUUAUUGGUGGAGGUUUGAUCCAGGAAAUAAUGGGUGGAGAUAGGAAAGGAUGAUAAGCAGAAAUGUUCCGAGGCCAGAUUUGAACCUGGGAUGUUAUUUGCAUGGUAUAACCCAUGCAGAUAACAAGCUUUACAUAUUAUAUCUGUGGCAGGGACACAAAAACAAGAAGUCAUCUUAAUGCUCUGUUGGCUUUUCGUUAGGUGGCGGGAAGGUAGUAAGAUGUACUGUGUAGUUUCACAGGGGUAAAUUAUUUGUUGCUUGAUACAAAGUUUACCCCGGCCUGUAAGACGUGUUUGCUGAACCUUGGUGACAUCAGUUACCACGGCUCAUUUCCUGAUGUGGCACCACUGGAGUCCAUCAGGUGGUAAAGUGGUUGGUCAGUGCGCAUAGUGAUCACUCUCAAUCAGAUGUAACGUGAGCGUGCUCGUCUUGCAAGUGCUAAAAGAUGUGAAAUGACAAACCAUAUGGGUGUCAAGCAGUAUAGAUCUGUCUACACAGUAUAUAGUACAUGAACAGUAAAGUUAGGCAUUUGAACAUGGUUCUCUUUGUUGUUUUGACAAAGGCGGUCUAAGUACCAACUUCACCGCAUUUCAGAGGCACAGAAGACACUGUUGUCCAGUGACUUAACUGAUUUAACUGGUAAAGGUUCAGACAUCGGUUAACUGAUGGUUAAGCGAAAACAUCUCUGUGAGAUAUUUCUGCAAGUGCACUUCAUGUAUGGGCCUUUUUUUGUAUGAGGUUACAUGCUGGUAUAAAUAGGCACUAUACAGUGUUGCACUAUUGCACAGAACGUCUGAACCUGAACAGUGAUUUCCUCUGUUUUUACUAUUUGCCGUUGCUUAUCUUCACAAUUGAGAGAGCUUUACCAAAUCAUAACGAGUGCCAAAGUCUUGAUAUUGUGUUGACAGUUGUUUAGUCCUAAAUAAUACUAUAGUGGUGUCUGUACUCAGUAGAAUCAAGGAAGAGUUGUGUUAUUGGCAACAUUUGUCUUUAUUGGUUAUUGCUUCUUGCUUCUGUUUUUGGCUCGUAAAAUGUAUCCUGGACCAACCGCAGACUUCAGUGGCUCACAUAUGAUUCUGUUGAUCUGUUGUUGAUUGUACUGUGCUGAUCUUCAACUGAAAUGUAGUUCAUUAUUCUUUGCAUCAAAUAUUUUCAAGCGUUCCAGUGCAUUGAAUUUUACUCAAACUGCUGUUUGUUGAACCAGUUGUUGUAUAAUCCUUCAUUGUUCAAUUCAUUGUUCAAUUGUCCUGUGCUCAGUUUGUGAAACAAGUAAAUCUAAGUGCUAGUUGAUAGAUUAUGUCAUAUCUGUGUCUUCAGUGUAGUAGAUUGGUUAAAUUUGUGAAUAUAUGUGUGACUGUCUUAAAAUUUAAAAAAUUUAAUAGGUAUUACGUUUAAUAUAACUAAUAUCUGUUUGUAUUACAAAUUAAUCUGUGACUUCUAUUAAUAAAUGUCCUUUUCUCUGA